AACGAUAGAUCCUCUUCCUGAUCGGCCUCACCUUGAUCAUCGGCACCCAAAAAACACUCGCUUUCUUCGCGCGCCGGCAGAAAUGGAAGGGCACCGCGGCCUUUGCGCUUGGUAUCACACUCAUCCUCAUGCGCUGGGCGUUCUUCGGGUUCCUGAUCGAGCUAUACGGCAUCCUGGUCCUCUUUGGCGACUUUUUCGCUACAAUAGCUGGCUUCGCUGGAGGCAUCCCCAUUGUAGGGCCAUAUAUUGCAAAAGCACUCAACAGCCUGGGCGGUGCGAGUGCUGCUGCCAAUGGCGAGACCGUGUGAGGCCUCAUGAUCACGGCCAUCGUCACAGAGCACAUGAAGAGCAGGGUUGGAAGCCAUGAGAAUUAUCACACGAGCGUCGGCCCCAGGAGAGGGGAGAAGGGAGAAAGGAAGAAGCACCACCGAACGGCAUCGAAUUGUAUAUUACGAGCUACGAUCUGGAGUCCGGCGCACAAAUGGCACAGCCAUAGACGCCGAUUGGAACAUGAUACCAUACGAUAUAUGAUGCAAGAGAUUAUUUGGAAGCACAAGACGAGAUGCGCCUGUCUCAGCGCAACAAAGGAUGAAGCGAUCUUUUCUUGUUGCACGAUUCACAUUCAUUCGACAUGUAUUGCUGCGAGACAAAGCACAAGGUGCUUUGUCUCAGAUUUCGACGACAUCUCAAAAUCGAUGACUUUUGUCACUUUGUACACCACAGCUCCCACUACGAAAACAUGUCCUCCAACUACAUGGAUGGCACCGAAUUACACCGGCGGUGUGAGCGGAGACUCCGCAAAGAGAAGAAGGCCAAAUCACUUCGACAGGAACCAUACAUUCUAGCGUAUCGCUACAGAGACUACAUGGAGAAGUACCCAAUGCGGGAGAGCUAUGAUGACAAGCAAGGACUCAAUCAAUACUACCGGAAUCUUCUAGCUAACCAGCCAGAGCCUGACCUCGACGCCACAGAUGACCGUUCACGCGCGAUACGAUGUGCCAAAGAGCAUUUUGAGUGAUACUAUGAGGUCAGAGACAUCGCGCGCAUCAUUGUCUGGCUGGAUAAGGCAGAAGAGAAGGAAGCUCAUGCCGAUAUGACGAUGCUACUUGGGCGCAUUCGCAGUCCAUCACAUAGUCCUCACGAGACCAGCAGUCCAUGACAGCACAUCCCUCCCGAUUAGCUGUCCCCGAUACAACGCGCUCGUGGAUGUGCGAUCAAGUGUGUUUCAGCAGUACGCAGCGGGACUGGCCGCAGGUUGCGGCGCUGCAUUAGGUGCAG